UAGAAAUGUAUGUAUUGUAUUUAUAGUAACAUUAUUAUGAGUUGUAUAUGUUUAAGUGUAGUGUGAAUUAUUAUUUUGUUUUAAAGCAAGAUGUUAAUAGUGACCCCCAUGGCGAAGAUGUAAACAUUUAGAGUGAAGCGUGAAAUCUUGGAAGGCUCUCUAAGAUGGCGGGAGCUCUCAAUGGCGGGAGUUUCUUAAUUUUGACAAGGAUUGGAGGAGACGGUGAAGGAGCUUGGACAUGGAGAGGACGUGUGAUCGCAGCUCGUACUCUCUCUGCCUCUCCCACGGAACUCUACUUACCUGCUUGUGUGACACACAUUUCGGACUAUCCUGUGUUCCAUCAGCGCCUAUUUAAGUGCCUUUACGCUUCGGGCCACCCACAAGUCUGCCCCUCCUAACGCUACACUGCCACCAUCACACCCUCAGCCUCCAUGACAAGUUCAGACAGGUGUACCCUACUCCACAGUAGUCACCACAGGAAACAGGUUCGCACUUCUGCAGGACCUUGAAGAUGGAAAUGCCCCAGACGUUGCUCCGGCCCCUGCACCUAACAGCACAGCCACCCACUCCUCCAGCAGGCGCAGCCGCUCAUGACGUCCUUCCUCCAGGUGGCAGCGACAUCCACCAGCCCCACCACCUCCCACUCCACAAACCCUGGACUGUGACCUCAUGCACUCUCUCACAGUGGCUGACGUCUAUCCACCUCCUGCCAGCCCCACUCACCUAAUCGAGGAGAUUUCUCCCCCACCCCAACCGCCCCGCCUACCUACACCAACCGGUCCUGCACCUCUUCCAAGUCAUACUGCUGCUCCUGUUCACCUACCUCAGUCACCUGAAGCGGAUGCUGCUACAGCUUCCCACUAUGGGUUGGGGGGUAACCCUACAGUGGGUUCCAUCCCACUCAGGCAUCCGAGGAAACGAGGUCGCCGAUGCUGCGGCCAAGAUGGGCUUGUCGGAGGUAAACAUCACUCCGCUCCCUCUCCCUCUCUCCACCGCCAAGCGCAUUAUCUCCAGAAAAUGUCACUCCACCUGGGACACCUCCCUCAACACUGCUCUCCUCACCACUUCUCUGGGCCAGUACAGGUGUAAUUCCUCCCCACAACCCUGGAUGCGACAGCAGUCCCGUGUACUAGACGUCGCCCUCACCCGUCUCCGCCUGGGCCACACCAGACUCACUGCUCACCUGCAUCGCCUGCAUCUGUCCCCUGACCCAUACUGCCCCUGGUGCAGGACUGUACCUGAAACCAUCGAACACUUCCUUCUCCACUGCCCACGCUUUCACUCUCACCGUGUUGUGCUACGUUCCCGACUCCUUGCCCUGGACGUGGCAACAUUCGACCUGCCCACCCUGCUGGCGGCAGCAGGCGUUCACCCGUCAUGGCAAACCACUGUCAUCCGCCUCACCUGUGCCUUCCUCAGGAAGACUGAUCAGCUGUCAUGCCUGUGAUAACAACACGGGCCUCUUCCAGGGCUCAUAGGAUCCAGCAGAUCUUCACGGCCCUCAACACAAAGAAGAAGAAGAAGAAGA